AUGAGGGCUAGUAAUGUUGGAUUCGAGCUUGGAUGUAUGUUGUUCCCAACAACCUUAAUAGGAGCUGCAAAUAGUUGGUUCGACAAAGUCCAUAGGCAUUCCAUUUCUCCAUGGGAACAGUUGUCUACAAAUUUCAAAAAGCAGUUUCGAGAUCCAAAAAGUAUUAAGCUCGUGGCCUCAUCGUUGGAAAAUAUUAAACAGCAGUCGGGUGAAUCACUCAAGAAGUAUAUUGUAAGAUUCAAUAUCGAAGCUUCUUUAGCUCGAGACGUAGAUGACAGUAACCACUUGAUGGCUAUUCGAGCUGGAAUCCUACCAGAAAGCGCCUUUUGGGACGACCUGCAGCAAAAGUCGGUUCGUACCAUAAUGGAAUUCACAUUACGAGCUCAGAGAUUUAUCAAUGUAGAAGAGGCCAUGUUAACAUGA